GGGUCGCUCUCCCAACUGAUCUUUGAGAAAACGGUCGAGCUCGAACGAGACAUGAAUCACCAAUUUCAGGUGGGGAACCAGUCUCGGGAACUUACGGAACAACGGCAUGAUGAUGGAGGGCUGGUGGCAGGGUAUGGACGCUGGUCUGAAGAUGAGCAGCUUGGAAGGGAGGGUGCCGCCUUCCAAACUUGCUCGAGCAGGUACUUCUCCGUGGUCCGUCUCCACCGCAUCCAAGGAUCCGGUCAUAUCGUUGGAGGCGGGGGACAAGAGACCCGAAGAGCUUGUACGACUGAUGGACGCCGCAGCCAGGGUCAAGUUGGCAGCCUCUCGCAUUUUAGAGAAGACGAAGGCGGACGCCAUGUCAGAAUACGUCUCGGACGAGGAAAAGAAGCCUGAAGAUGAGGAGGAAUCGCGACCGCGGCAUCACUACCCUGCUUUCAAUCCCCCGGCAGUGUUUCCUAUCGUCAUCACUUGCAACUCUUGCGGAGCGUGUCGGCCUCUGUACCCUCCCCUUUCGCAUUCGAUUUGGCAGAAGGGGUCGACGGAGGCGAAGGAUUUCGAAAGCUCGGGGAGUGGGAAAGGGUCCCCGCGACACGUGGCUGCAGCCUCCUUCGACACCACAUCUUCCCAACUUAGCGCGGACGGAAAAGGGUCGGACUUCAACGGUGCUGCAGGUGGAGGGAUUGGUGGACUUGGUGGGGGAGUGGGAACGACAGCAGCUGCAGGAGGAGGAGGAGUGAAUGGUGGAUGGCAUAUGGAGGACAUGGCGCAAGCACUGAUUCAGCAGCUCCAACAGAGGGACGGCAGUCUGCCGUUCGGGAGCUUCGUGCCUGCACGACCGAGCGAUGUGUUUCGGGACGGUAGGGGUGACGGCAUCCAGAGGACGCGAUCAGUGAGCAUAUCCCCUGAGAGGUCGGGGGGAGAAAUCGGGCCUUGGCCCAACACUGGUUGGCGGGCAAAUUCUAUUGCGGCUGUACUGCCCCGUCCUCCUUCAGGCGGUUCAGCUCCGGCUUCAGCUUCCGCUUCGAAUUCCACUUUUGCCUCCGCAUCCGCCUCGGCUUCCGCCCCCGCUUCCGCUCUCGCGUCCGCAUGCACUUCCACUUCAGCUUUGGGCUUCACAGAGCCUUUGGCUUCCGCGGAGGCUUCCCCUUCCACAACUACAGCGGCUGCUCAUCCCCUCAAAGGCUGUGCAGACAGAGCCUCCCGCGCGGCGGAGAGGAGUGGGUUGGCAUUGCCAUCUGGUUGCCCACUGCGAUCUCUGGAUAUGGUGAGUGUGCAGCAGGCGGAGGACACCACGGCACCCAAAGAGAAACAAGGGGAACAACACUGGGCGGCGCUGGGAGGGGUGGGCAACAUCGCAGGUGCGGUACCCGAAAGCUGCAGGGGUAGCACCAAUGGCCUGGCGGGACGUCUGCGUCCCUUGCUAUUGAGGAAAGAGACAGUCGUCAGGCGCAUGUCCAUGCCCUCAACCAAGGCUUUGCUCAGGAACGGAAGCUCGCCGAGCAGCAGUGAUGAUGGAGUGGACAACACAAGCACAGGACUCGAUCAAUUAUUCUCGCAAUUGCUGGGCCCGACGUUUUGUGAUCCACAAGGAGACGCAGAUGGCAGAGUCUCGAACAUGAAGAAGAGCAAGAGCAGACUGGUUCGGUCUGGCGAAAGAGAUCGUUCACCCGGCCAUGACAAAGUCGGCGUCAGUGUGACGGUGCGGAUGUUCGACGAUGACGUCGCCGGUCCGUCUGUUGCAUCACCUGAUCUUCCUCAUUGGCAAGAUGGUGGCCAUGUUGCCAAAAACAACAGGUCGUCCGCUCCGGCAUCUUCCAAUGCUUCUGUGUCAGAUAGGAGGCGCGCUCCGUUCUUGUGCCAUCUGCGGACACUGAAAUCUUCGCCCUCACCAUCAGGAGCGUCUGCACCCUCGGCAGGACGGCAUGGAGGAGGGAAAGGGACAGGAGGAGAAGGAGAGGGACCGGAUCGAUGUUUUCAGCGUGGUGAGCAAGAGAAAGAGCGUUGUAGAGAGAACGGAGAAUCUGUCUCUUCAGCCAUGUCCACCAGAGAACGUUUCCGCACUCAGGCUUCGGAAACGGACAGACGGCGACGGAGAACGGGCCAGCCACUGGAAGACAUGGCCGGCCACUCUACCCUUUCCAGGGGAGAGAUGGAAGCAGACGUCGGACCGGAACCUGUGUGUGGUACCCGCGACCACAGUGUGAAACACUCCCCGUCUUCUCUCCAGCAGGUGCAGCAAGAGCUCAGUGCCUUGCAAAGCAGAUUUAAGAAGCACGAGGACGAGAUGGCGAAACUGCGCGACGGGCAAGCUUUUGUUGAAUGUGAAGGGAGCCCAAGAUACCGGCUUGCCUUGCAUCUUGCAUUUGUAGCAUGCGAGAACAUCUGGAGCUGUUGCUUGGAGUUCCACACGGGUCAACCAACGGUCAGCUUUGUGAGUGCAGUACGCAAAGUGUACCAAGUACUCGGUUGGCCUGUUGCCGUAGUGUCGCUGGGAGAUGAUGUCGCCGACCUCUUGAAAACCGUCCAUAGAAGGUGGGUCUUGCGAUCAUCGUCCGGGAAAAUCGUCAUGUUCCGCUGGCGUGUAAAGAGCCAACUUGGAGCAAUGAAAGACCAGGUAGACGGGGAAGUGGGCAGGCACCUGAAUAGUGACGGAAGGUCCUUCGGGUGCAUCCCCAGUUGGUGCCACGAUCAGCCAGGGCCCCAUCCAUUUCGGGAGGAGCUUGCGAGAGAUAUCUUGUUCAAGGCUGAACUCCGUGGUGGAAACCCAAACGAGAUCGCCGGCGCGGAAUGGGCAAGGGAGACGCUGGCGAUUGGCCUGUUGGCUCAUGCGUUGCUAUGUCUUAGCCAUCUGGUCGUGUGCCUUGACAAGUAGCUCUUGCAUCCGACGCAGGAAAAGAAAAUGGUCGUCGCUCUCGGCCGCUCGUGGAAUGAUUGUGUCCAAUGAAGAAGUGACCGGUGA